AUGGAGGCUCUCGCUGCUUUCGGGCUUGCGGCAAACAUUGCCCAGUUCGCCGAGCUUGGCUACAAAACAGCCAAGACCAUGCGCGAGGUGUACCGCAGCAUAGACGGGCUCACAGCGGAGCACACCGACUUUAAGGAUGCGGCCAAACAGGUCAAGGCCAUUAGCACUGAGCUCAAGAAAAAGGUCGGGACUGUUGGGAGCAACUCCGAAUUGGAGGGCCUGCUCCAGAAGUCAAUCGACGCAUGCGAUGCCCUCCUGAAGGAGGUUGACGGCCUCAAGUUCGACGGCGGCUCGGCCUAUGUCGGCGAGCGGCUCGCAAAGCUCAUGAUGGCAAUGUGGGCCAUCCGGCGGAAGCGCAAGGUGGAGGCACUCAACUCUCGGAUCGUUGAGAUUCGGCAGCGGCUUCUCCUCGCCAUCCAAAACCUGAUCCUUGAGCAAGGGGGCGAAGUCAUGCAGUCCCUUGAUGGGCUCAGCGAUACGGUCAAACAGUCGCAGGAAUGGCACAAGACACACGCAGCGCUCCUUGAUACAAAGCUCCAGGAGCUCGGGAGCCAGCUGGCCGCUCGCAAAUCAUGGGAGAAGUCCCACGAUGACGCAUUUAUGGGCUUUUCCCGAAGUCUUGUCAACUUUGUGGACCAAUGGCGCAACCACAGUACCAUCUCGGAGAUCCUGAAGAGUUUGCACUUCAAGCAGCUGAGGGAACGCCAAAGCGAUAUCCCGACGGCGCACAAAAACACAUUUCAGUGGAUGUUCAACGAUGAUGGCGGGAAAGAGUUCAGGACUUGGCUGGGCGGACCCUCCAAGGGCACCUUCUGGAUCACAGGCAAGGCCGGCUCUGGGAAGUCGACGCUGAUCAAGUUCCUUCUUGAACACCCCGAGACCAAAAGGCUCUUGGAGCAGUGGGCUACCUCGAGCGCCCACAAGCCGCUGCUUCUUGUGAGCCAUUUCUUCUGGUCAAGAGGCGGCAAGCUCCAAAGGGCGCACGAGGGUCUGCUACGGACAAUGCUCUUCCAGAUCUUGGUUGCGCACCCCGAGCUCAUCAAAAAAGUGUGCCCUCAGCGCUUUUUGCCCUUUCGCUGUCUUGACUCCUGGACUUUCAAGGAGCUGCGAGACGUAUUUGGAGAACUUGCGAAGAUCAACUCAUUGCCGUCUCGGAUAUUCGUCUUUGUGGAUGGCCUCGACGAGUUUGAAGGCGAGCCUGCCGAGAUAAUCGAUGCUGUCCGGGAGAUUUCUUCUUGCGGAGAUAUCAAGCUGUGCUGUUCGAGCCGGCCUUGGACUCAGUUUGAAGAGGCGUUCGAAUCGGCAGCAGGCCGAAUAAACGUCCACCAACUGACGGAGAACGAUAUAAGGCGCUACGUUGACGACUGCUUCGGAGAUGACCACAAAUACCAGAACUUGUGCAGAGAAGCCCCAUCCGAAGCCAGUAAUCUGGUUGAGGCGGUGGCAUCUCGUGCCGAGGGAGUCUUCUUUUGGGUGUUUCUUGUGGUCAAAGAUCUCCUGCGAGGGCUAGACCAUGGAGACAGCCUUAAGAUCAUGCGCCAGAGACUCGACCGCCUACCAAGUGAUCUAAACGAGUUUUUUGCGACCAUGUUGCAGUCGAUAGAAGGCGUAUAUCACGAUGAAGCGUCUCUUAUCUUCCAAUGCCUCCUCGUUUUCGACUCCGCCUUGCCGGUCGCCUUGUUCACAGCCAUGCACGAGCUCGAAGAACUAUUCGAGGAUUUGAAACGGGGCGCUUUCUUCGGCAACCUAGGCAUUCAGAGCAACACCACCCCACAAUCAAACUGGGCUCGGCGCAAGAGGGCACAGGGGGCUCGGCCCCCAGUAGACCCUUAUCCCAAGUACAAGGAUGCGGAGAACUCUUUCGGGAGAAGAAUGCAGAGGUCGACUGCUUAUUCCGCAAAAAGAGUCUACAAUCACGAUGAAUUGCAGAAAACAGCCCAAAGAAUACGGCAUCGAUGCCGCGAUUUAGUCCAAGUCUGGGAUUCAACGGAGGAAACCGAGCUGUGGCGUCCUCGGGUGGGCUUCAUCCAUCGCACCGUCGUCGACUUCUUGAGUGCGUCGGACUCACAUGCUCUGCUUCCGACGUCAAACCCACCUGGGUACCGCGAUUUUGUCCUGGCUCGCUCAUACCUCCAAUGUGCCAUGGUCUUUUGUCAGUCAUCAGAAGUAUUUUGCGAGUGUAUCAAAUCGGUUUUGUAUCUCGCCGCAGAUGACGACUCUGACAGGGCCAUCUUCGUCCUGUUCGGACUAGAGCGGCUCUUCCACAUAUUGCUCAGCGACUUCGAGCAGAACAGCAUCAUCGAAGGAUCAGGAGCGGAGCUCGAAUCAUUCAGUCACAUUACCUUAUUAGCAGGGCAAUGGAGAUUUUGGGCCUGGCGGGCACCCAAGCUCUAUUUAACCAAGAUCCAAGCAGUCGGCUCGUGCCCGACGGCCUCCAUCAAUUCCUGCCCGGCGGCCAAUAUCAAUUCAUACCAUUCGAGAGACUUUUUUGGUCCUCAUUUUCUAAGGAACACAAUCUCUGGACCCCAAACGAUAGCCCAGACAGUAGUCUUUGGAAAUGCUUUCUCCAGUGUCUCCAAGGUCAUCAGGCUCCAGACAAUGGUUUUGAAGUUUGCAAACUCCUGUUAG